GUGGUGUGAGAGUAGCUCGUUAUGAUGUCGAGACCAAUACUGCUUGUUUUUCUGUUGAUUGUACUCAUAAUCACAUCUCAAUUGGAAUGGAAGCAGCAGUUGGUGAGUGAUGUCGAACCGAGUCCUAGUAUAUCUCAGAAGCAGCAACAGAUUUCAAAUAGAGAAGAAGCUGUUAAAGAGAAG